CCUAUUCGAAAAACUCAUGCCAUCUAAAAAAUUCAAAACAAAAUUACCGCGUGGUGGAAGUCCCCGCCCUUCAUUUCCUUCUCUAUCGUCCAUCGUCCACUCUUUGCCUUUUUCCGGCUCUUUCUCUCUGUGUGUGACGCUCUCUCUCUCUCUCCACAAGUUUGGUCCGCUGUUUUAUAACUCAUUAAAGAAAAUAACAAACCAUGCCAUACUUAUUAGCGUAUAAUACCUCACAGAUCAAAAUCCACCGAAUUUCUCUCUUCUCCGAUCUCAUUGUCUCUCCCGCUUUCCUUCCCCAUUCCUCUCUUCCAUUCUGUCCGAUUGUCUUUACGGUUAGCGUUUUGCAGUUUUCUGAAGAUAAACAAAGUUAGAGAUGGGGCAACAGACGCUGAUCUACAGCUUCGUCGCUCGAGGCAAGGUGAUUCUGGCGGAGUACACGGAGUUUAAGGGAAAUUUCACUAGCGUCGCCGGUCAAUGCCUCCAGAAACUCCCCGCUUCCAACAACAGGUUCACCUACAACUGUGAUGGCCACACCUUCAAUUACCUCGUUGAAAACGGCUUCACUUACUGUGUGGUUGCAGUUGAAUCUGCUGGCAGACAAAUUCCAAUUGCCUUUCUGGAGCGAAUUAAGGAAGACUUCGUCAAAAGAUAUGGUGGAGGGAAAGCUAAAACUGCUCAGGCCAAUGGCCUGAAAAGAGAGUUUGGGCCCAAACUGAAGGAUCACAUGCAGUACUGCGUGGCUCAUCCUGAAGAGAUCAACAAGCUCGCAAAAGUGAAGGCUCAGGUUUCUGAAGUUAAGGGCGUGAUGAUGGAAAACAUUGAGAAGGUUCUUGAUCGCGGCGAAAAGAUUGAGCUGCUGGUGGAUAAAACUGAGAGCCUCCGCUCACAGGCACAAGAUUUCAGACAACAGGGAACUAAGGUCAAAAGGAAGAUGUGGAUAGAGAAUAUGAAGAUGAAACUGAUUGUUUUCGGUAUUGUUGUUGCCAUGAUUCUGAUUAUAUUCUUAUCUAUUUGCCACGGAUUCAAAUGUUAAUUUCUCUUGAAUUUCGUUGGACGCUGUCCUUUCUGUCAAGCUGAUUGGAUUGUCUGGCUAAAUUGGUUCGCCUUUCUUCCGAUGAUCCAUCUUGCACAUGCAGAUCUCUUUGUAUGGGGUCUUUUAGGUUAUGCCUUCCCCCCUAUGUUAGCCUUCAGGGAUGUGAGAAGGUUUGUAUUUUGGAUUGAUUGUAUAGGUUUUCUUUGUGAUUGAUAUUUGUUUAAAGAUGUAAUGGAGGAUAUCUAAUGCCUACAGUUUACGUUGCUAUUAAUGUAUCUUGUCUCUUUGAUAUAUUCCUUGAUUUCAAACUCUUUUACUUCUAC